AUGCCGCGGCGCCUGUUCUCUUCUGUGGCUCUGCUCCUCCUUUUUUUAAUAUGCUGCGGCAGUGAGUCUGUGCAGGCUGAUGGGCCUCUCGCAGCGACGGCCAUCGAUCCAUUUGCAGGGACAACACUGGUAUCCGGUGACAAGUGGGAGGAAAUUAAACCCACUGAGGGAUCAGUCUGCUCGCUGCGCGUCCCCAGCUUCGUGGAGGUGGGCGGCGAGGUGUUUGCCGUUGCUGCGGCCCAGUGCAAGAAGGAAUGUGGAGGGGCCGGGGUUCUUAUUGGCAUUGCGUCCAAGCUCCUCAAGGAAGCUGCUGCCGCUGCUGCUCCGACGGAGAUCUCGAUGGCGGACACAAAACUCCUUUACACGCAGCCUGAAGACGACGCGGCUGAAAAGAAGGCAACGGACAUCAUGCGACCAACAACAAUUGUGCGGGGCAAAGAUGUCUACAUGCUGCUGGGAAACUACAGCCGUGCACCGUCUGCAAAUCGAGUUGCCGGAAAAGCCGGCUGGAAGCUUGUGCUGGUGAAGGGAAGUGUCAGUGGAGACGGUGAGGCGAAGAAGCUCGAGUGGGGUAAGACCCAUGCGGUGGAGCCCGAAGCUUACGCAAGUCUCAACUCGCUGACGCGGCUGGUUGGCGGCGGAGGCUCGGGUCUUGUGCUGGGCGACGGCACGCUUGUGUUCCCCAUGCAGGGGAUCAACAGGGAGAAAAAGAGUGUUCUGCUGGCCAUGCGCUUAGCCCCGUCAGAGAAGAAAUGGACGCUUUCGUCCCGUACGACCGGUGCGGGCUGCAGGGACCCGUCCAUCGUGGAGUGGGGGGAAGACGGAAGCCUCCUCGCGAUGGCUCCCUGUGCGGGAGGGUCCUACGAAGUCUACGAGUCUACUGCGGCCGGUACAGCGUGGUACCCGACAGGCGAGCCGAUUACCCGCGUGUGGGGCACCUCGCUGAACCGUCAAGGAGGGGACGGCGUGCAGAGCGGCUUCGUCACGGCAGCCCUCGAGAAUAAAAAGGUGAUGCUCCUCACCACGCCGGUGUACUCGGAAGAGAAAGGCGUCGCAAAAGGUCGUCUGCAUCUUUGGUUGACCGACAAUUCCCGCGUGCACGAUGUCGGACCGGUGUCACGAGAAGCGGACGACGCCGCUGCCAGUUCCCUGCUGUACAGAAGCGGUGCGUCGGCGGAGGAGUUGAUACUACUGUACGAGAAGAAGAAUGGGGACUCUUACGGCCUCGUAGCUCUGAGCCUGGCAAAGCAGCUGGAGCAGAUCAAGUCAGUGGUGCAGACCUGGAAGGAAAUGGACGCCGCCUUGGAGAAAUGCAAACCCAGUGGCAGCGUCGACCCGCAAACGAGGGGCGGGUGCAACGGCCCUGUUCCCACCGAAGGGCUGGUGGGUCUUUUGUCCAACACACUGGCCGGGAGUGCGUGGGUGGACGAGUACCGCGGCGUGAACGCGACUGUGAAAGGUGGUGCUGGGGCUGGCCCGGAGGGAGGUGUGACGUUCAGCGGCGCCGGAGCGGGGGCGGAGUGGCCCGUGGGAAGCAGGGGGCAGAACCAGCCGUACUACUUUGCGAACAACAAGUUCGCUCUUGUGGCGACGGUGACGAUCCACACGGUGCCGGAGGAGGACACCCCUUUGCUGGGCGUGAGGAUGAAUGACACAGAGGGCACCGUGCUCCUGGGUGUGUCGUACACGAAGGAGAGGAAGUGGAAAGUGGCGGUCGGCGGUCAGAGCCGGAGUUUGACAGAUGGUGAUGCGACGUGGGUAGCAGGCACAGCCUACCAAGUGAUCUUGCAGAUGGAUACUGGCGAUGAGUUGUCUGUGCACAUCGACGGGGACGAGAUAUACGCGAGCGACGAAGAUGAUGAAGAGGAAGAUGGUGAUGGCGGCGUCGCUUCUGAGGUGGCUGAACUCUUCAAGCCGCACAGGAUCUCUCACUUUUACGUUGGCGGGGACGGGGCGGAGGGCACGAAGACCAGCCACCACGUGACGGUCUCCAGCGUCCUGCUGUACAACCGCGCACUUGAGGGGGGUGAGAUCACGCAACUCAAAAACAGCAAAGUCGCUCAGCCACGGCCGGCUGCUGCGGGGCCUGGCGCAGCGCCGGCUGCUGCCUCCCACGAGCCCAGCGAUGAUGUGGAGGACACCGAUGAUACUCCCGAGCAGGAGUCUGGGGAGAUGGGCGUUGACGGUAUUACGGCGGCUGCAGUCCUUCCCCAGCGACUCCCUGACGGGCAAGCGCCCCCGAAUCCAAAAGUUGAAGCGGACGCCGCAAAUCCCUCUUUUGUGGAGCCGGUGGUGGAGUCUUCGCCUUCCGCGCCCCCGUCCCCGGCGGAAGUAAAAAUACAAACACCGGGCGACAGCGACGAGACGGUGGAGGCAGGCGGCGGGGCGCAGUCGCCGCAGCCACCGGAGGAGGCCAAACGUGA